GGGCUGCGGGGAGCCCCCCGGGGUGCGCAGCAACCUGCUGCUGCCCUACGAGGAGGCCGGAGGGAAGGGCGUCCUGCUGGCGGGCUGGACCCAGAAGGACGGCACCUGCGAGGUGUGGGAGCGGCCGGCCUACCGGCAGCGCUUUAACCGCAGCGAGGUGGUCAUCUGCCUGCCCGACGGUUCCACCGCCGGCGUCGUCUUCCAGCUGGCCAGCGCCUGGUACCUGGCUGUGGCGGCCACCUACUCGGCCAGCGACCCCAAGAAACGCCUGGGCUGCGAGCCCUCGCAGUCGGAUGAGACAACCGUCAUCACAGUGCGCAGCAUGGACAACCUGGAGUCCAAGGAGGAGCUGGGCAUCAUCAAGCGCAAGCAGGAGCCUUUGCACUUUGUGGACGCGCUCCAGUGGGGGGAUCACCUCUUUUUUCCCUACUACACGUUGAAGGCCAGGUUGGGGAACAACAUGGAGCCACCGAGCAUGGCUGUCCUGCACCAGCUGCACCCCUCGGAGGGUGGCCUUACUUUGAAAGGGCACGUGUAUUUGGACUGCGGGUGCAGGAGCCUCAUCGUGUCCUCCAGCCUCGUCCGCCAGGGUGAGCGGGGCUGGUGGGUGGGCGUUUUCAACCACAGCCACAGCGCCAAGGCCUGGAAUGCCACCGCCAUCUGCAUCUUUGGGAUGGAGGAGAUGAAGGAGCAAGCCUGUGCGUCCACGCACUUCAUCAUGAACGGGAAGAGCUGUGAGGCACAAUCAAUCAAGAAAUUACCUACCUUGAUUCACUCUGGAUUAGUGGCUGUUUAUGGCACAGUUGUUCUGAAUCAGAUAGUUCUCUUUUUGGGAACAGAUGAUGGACAGUUACUGAAGGCUAUUCUUAAUGAGGAUAUGGAAUCUAAUUGCCCAGAGGUUUUAUAUGAAAUUAAGGAAGAAACCUCCAUUUUCCCCAAACUUCGACUUGAUCCAGUAGAUAAUAACUACAUCUAUCUGUCCUCUGCCAAUAAGGUGAGAAGAAUACCAGUUGCAAAUUGCAGUAGAUAUGUUUCUGAGCAAGAAUGCUUAUCUGCAAAGGAUCCCUACUGUGGGUGGUGUUCUUUGAAUCGAAGGUGCACAUUAAAAGAAAAUUGUACACAUUCAAACAGCAUAAAGGGUUGGUAUAACAUUUCGCAUGCACCUGAUAAAGAUCUGAAAAUCCUGCUAGAUUUCCCUGCAAAAAAUCAGGUUGCUGUGGCUGCAAACAUAAGCAAAGUCCUUACUUCCUGUGUGAUAAAAAUUGUAAAACCUGUUGAAAUAUUUUAUGAAAAUGUAGUGCUGAAAAAUUCAUCCUGUUUCUGCAAUCUAACCGCCCUGGAGAUAACUGAUAAUGAUUGUCUAGUUCUUGAAGCAUCGCUGUCCUCAAGCUCUUGGAAUAUCACACAGACAUUUCAGUUGAAAAACUGCUCUCGGUGUAUACGCAAGGGUGACUGUGACAGCUGUAAACGGACGCGUGUCUCUCCUGCCACCACCUGCCAGGAUAGCUGUAAUGCAGCUGCUUCCAAGGGGAUCGCCACUUCACAGAAAACAGAGCAUAUCAGCAUUCAUUCCAUUGAACCUUUGUGGAUUUCUACACUAGGCAAAAGUGAAAUAACAGUCAAAGGAGAAAACUUUACACGUGCAUCAGGCAUAAAACUGAUACUGACUGGAAUCACUGGCUGUAAACCAGACAUCAUUAAAGUUAGAAAUGUACUAAAUGAUACACAAAUGACAUUUGCUCUCCCACCAACACGUAAAGAGGCCAAAAGUAUAUGUAUACAGGCUAAUGGGAAAAAGUGUUCACCACCAAUGACCCUGCAUUAUGUUUCACUGCCAUCAUGUUUUGGAAUCACACCAAAUACCUCCUGGAUCAGCGGUGGUCGCAAAAUUACUACAAUCGGUAGAAAUUUUAAUGUGGUGGACAGUGUGAUUAUUUCAGAUGACCAGAGAUCAAACCUUACUGUCUCCAGGUGUCCUGGAAAUGAAUCUGAAUAUUAUUACUUAACACCAAGCCUGAGCCAUGCAACAGAGGGUAAAGUUGUUGAUAUGAUGUUAAAAGUGGAAACUACCUUUAUACCAUGUGUCAAAUUACACUAUCACCCUGACCCAGUGUUCAUUAACUACCAGCUGCACACUGAGCUGGAUCCUGAUCUGGAAUUAAAAAUAUAUAAAGAAAAUGACAACUUGAAUAUUUCUAAAACUGAGGUAGAAGUUUAUCUGUCAUACAUCAAUGGUGCACAGACCAGAAGGAUCUGGUUCAGUGUCCAAAAUAUUACCAAAAAGCCAGACCGCAGCACCAUACUGUGCAAAUUCAAAAGGGAAGGCACAGACAAGAUUGACUUUUCCACAGUGAAAGUUUUUGUCAAAUUAGGAAAUUUUGAGCAUGAAGUCAAGCCAACAUCAUCACACAUCUAUUUGUAUGUUCUUAUUUUGCUGCCUAUUGUAGUGGGUGUCAUUAUAGCGGCAUUCAUAGUUACUAGAUACAAAUCCAAAGAGUUAACUCGUAAACAGAGUCAGCAACUUGAACUGCUGGAAUAUGAGAUUCGAAAGGAAAUACGUGAAGGAUUUGCUGAACUGCAGAUGGAUGAAUUAGAUGUGGUGGAUAGUUUUGGAACUGUUCCCUUCCUUGACUACAAACACUUUGCUCUUAGAACUUUCUUUCCAGAGUCAGGAGGCUUUGCAUCCAUCUUCAGUGAAGACAUGCCACAGAGCAGAGACCAAACAAGCAAGGAUGAAAGCUUCAACAUGUUGCAUGCUUUAAUUUGUAACAAGAACUUUCUUGUUACUCUCAUUCACACCCUUGAAAAGCAGAAAAAUUUCUCUGUGAAAGACAGGUGCUUGUUUGCAUCCUUCUUGACUAUUGCACUACAAACUAAGCUAGUUUAUCUAACCCAUAUUUUGGAAGUGUUGACAAAGGACUUGAUGGAGCAGUCAAGCAAUGUACAGCCUAAGCUCCUGCUUAGACGAACUGAAUCUGUGGUAGAAAAAUUGCUGACAAACUGGAUGUCUGUCUGUCUUUCAGGAUUUCUCCGGGAGACAAUCGGUGAACCUUUCUAUUUGCUAGUGACAACUCUCAAUCAGAGGAUAAACAAAGGACCUGUUGAUGCAAUCACUUGCAAAGCCCUGUACACGCUUAACGAAGACUGGCUGCUGUGGCAAGUGUCUGAAUUCAAAACAGUGACAGUGAACAUUAUCUUUGAAAAAAUCCCGGAAAAUGAGAGUGAAGAUGCCUGUCAAACUAUCCAAGUUAAUGUUCUGGACUGUGACACCAUAGGCCAAGCCAAGGAGAAGAGCCUUCAGGCUUUCCUUAAUAAAAAUGGCUUUCUCUAUGGUCUUCAGCUGGAUGAAAUUGGUCUUGAACUUGUGUCUGAGGAGCAGCAAAGAGAGUUGCUAGAUAUUGAUGGUUCCUCAGAGGUGAUGGAGGAUGGGAUAAGGAAACUAAAUACCAUCAGUCAUUACGAGAUUUCAAAUGGAGCAACCAUAAAAGUCUUUAAAAAGAAGGCAAAUACCCGAUCAGAUGUGGACUACUCAGAUGAACACUGUCAUUUGAUUUUACCAGACUCUGAAGCAAACAAAGAUGUGAAAGGAGCAGGUCACAAAGGAAAGCAAAAAUUCAAAGUGAAAGAAAUGUAUCUGACAAAGCUUCUGUCAACCAAGGUUGCAAUUCAUUCAGUUGUUGAAAAGCUCUUCAGGAGCAUUUGGAGUUUACCCAACAAUAAAGCACCUGUUGCUAUCAAGUACUUUUUUGACUUUCUGGAUGCCCAGGCUGAGAGCAAAAAAAUUACUGACCCUGAUGUGGUCCAUAUAUGGAAAACCAACAGUCUUCCUCUUCGCUUCUGGGUGAACAUCCUGAAGAAUCCCCAAUUUGUCUUUGAUAUUAAGAAGACUUCACAUAUAGAUGGCUGUUUGUCUGUAAUUGCACAAGCUUUCAUGGAUGCCUUUUCUCUAGCAGAACAGACACUGGGGAAGGAAGCACCAACAAAUAAACUUCUCUAUGCUAAGGACAUUCCACUCUACAAGAAGGAGGUGAAAGCAUACUAUAAAGCCAUCAGGGAUCUGCCUCCAUUGACCACUUCAGAGGUUGAAGAAUUUCUAACUCAGGAAUCUAAGAAACAUGAAAAUGAAUUUAAUGAGAAAGUGGCCUUGAUUGAAAUCUACAGAUACAUAGUGAAAUAUUAUGAUGAGAUUGUGAGCAAACUCGAGCGAGAACGGGGGUUUGAAGACGUCCAGAAACAGCUCCAUCAAGUAAAAACCCUAUUUGAUGAAAAGAAAAAAUGCAAAUGGCUUUGAGCAGAGCACUGACUCACAGCAUUGCUGUGGGGGAUUUUAAAUAAGCGCUGCUGCUCCCAAAACUGUUUUGACUGACUAUAUGUACAGGGUUUGAAAUAUUUGGACACUCGUCUCCACUCUGACCAUUCCAAGUAAUAUCUACAUUUGGGAAUGAAGUAUGGGCAGGGGUAGAUAUUCAAACGUGGGCAUGUGAAAGUGAGUCUAGUGUUGGCAGGGCCAGCAUUUUUAGGUACCUGAACACAUGUACCUUUUGAUUAUAAUAAUACUGCCUAAGUAAGCUUUUUGCUUACAUAAAAACAAGCUUGCAGGAGAUGCACAAAACACAUUGCAAGUUCAGAGUUGCCGAUGUGAACUUGUAAGUUGCUUAGCUCUUUUUUUUAAAGAGAGAAAGGUUUUGCCACAUCUUUUCAGCAGCCUUGGCAAACUGUGAGUAUGAGCUCCGGCCUCAGAAUACGGGUCAGCUGCAGUUUCCUUCCUUCCAGACAAAUGUACACUGGUUCCUGUUUGGAAAAAAAAAAAACAACCGAGCACCAAAGUGACACUUAGGACAAGUGUGUUUAGCAGAAAAAAGUGGGUCUGAGGUUUGUAGGCCAAAUGCCACAUGGCAGGACUUACCUUCCUUAGGUUAGAAAUUCCAUGUGCAAAGCGAAGCCCACCACUGAGCGGGGGGGAGGCUUUUGGAGAAUGGCGCUGGACAGGCAUCAGUCUGUGUUUACAUUUCUACCUUUCCAUCCUUAAAUAAGCUGUGAAACACUUGUGAGCAGCAUCACAUGUGAAACCUCCGUGCAGCUGCACCGCAUUGGAACACCAUUGUGAUUUGAUGAAGCAGCUGACGAUGGCUGCACUUUGGUGCACAAACCUGUACUCAGGUGCAUGAUCGGCCCAUGCAUGAGUGCUGACAUUCCUGGCCAGUCUUGCCGUCCGUGUAAAAGGGCCUCACAUACCUAAAGCCAGCAUAUUUUUUUUUUCAGGUUGUCCACACAAAGUCUUUGUCAAAAGAGGGCUAGUUUCAUCAUAGGUAAGAACAGGAAGGCUGGUAUAAUCUCUGACGAGAAACAUGGUAGCUGGGGGUGGGGAGGGGGCAGCUUAGUCCUGCUGGGGUGUUUGCUGAGGCUUGGCCAUUUUGAAAGGAGGGCAUCCAUUCUAUUUGCACUGGUGGCUAACAGCCCAGCUGGAAAGCAGAUGCGUGGCUAUGCUGCCGAGACAAGGCUGGUGCAGUGGCUACCGUGCAAAGCCAUGGAGGAGCAGCCAUGACUCUGGCCGUGCUACUACACCGGCACAGUCCUACCCUCCACUACAGAACUGAAAGGGUUUGUUGUUGUGGGCUCUGCUCCAACCACACAGAGGCACUUACUAAGGCUACCACCUGCCCUUACAAUUGAGGUGAGGCAUGGAUGGAGAAACAUUUCCACACGUCUCCAGAGGGAUCCACCACCGGAGGUGAGUGGCAUAGCACAGUGGCCCACAGGAGAGGGAAGAGCCGUCCCCCUGCCUUGGCAGUGGCAAGGGUGCCACGGGCUGUGACUGGCACAGAUGGCCCAAGUUUAGUAUAAAAAGUCUGUGCUGGGGCUGUGACAAGCCAGAGACACCUAUGUGGGGCUCCCAGGCAGCCAAGUGCUCAAACCAUUUACUGCUGCGUGCUGUUGCUGCUUCAAGGAGCCCAGAGGCUGCGGUAGAGCAGCCCCAGAGCUGGCCGGUUUGGUUGCAGAGGCUGCCAGAAGCUGGAACCAGGCACAAGCCCACAGCUCGCAGCCAGCCAGCACCGGUGAACACCAACCAUGUGUUGGCAGAAGCAAAGGCCACCUGUUAACAUGGAAAAAAGCAAACAUAAAAGAACGUUGCCUACUGGUCUGCUCCCUCUCUACCGUGUGAUUGCACAAGUUGUACCUCUUGCAUAAUCAGAGAGGGCAGCCACCAACCCAUACUGUGAUGGCUUUUUUUUUGUUUAAUUCGUCUUACACUUGCUAUUAAGUUUACACUUUAUACUUGAUGGAAUGUAUGGCUUUGUUCAGGAAACUGCACUACAACGUUGCAGUCCUUUCAGCAGUUCGCUGCCUGGCACAAUAUAUUGUCAUAAGUUUAAUUUUAAUUGGAAAAAAGCACCCCAACCCUAAUCUAUCUUGCCCUCUGUCCUAAAGGAGUGGACUGUGGCUUGAGUAGCACUUCAGUUUAGAAUACCUGUACUUAAGGGCUUGCUUUUUACCAUUCUUAACCUAACAUUUUAAAGCAGCUUCAAGUAAACAACAAAAAAAACACAGUAAUUAAUAUUAAAGGAGGGACAUGGGCAGAUUACUCUGCGGUCAGACAGACAUCUCAGCAGCUCCGUUCCACUUUAGGUGUUUGCUGGCAGUGCAUUUGAAUGAACUGUGAUAGUUUUGUUCAACAGUAACCUUCUGUACAGGCAGAAAAAAAAAAAAACCAACACAUUAUUUCUGCUUGAAAAAGCUGUAAAAUAUAAUCUGUUUGCGUGGGUCUGAUCCUGUGAACUUCAAUAUAUGUGUUUAUAUGAUGAGGAAACGAAAAAUCAGUCCUAUUCUGUAUUUGUACUACUGCUUGUUUGCUACAAUAGCUUUAAUGAUUUCUAGAGAUUAUGUGUUGAAGCAGGCACUGUAGCUUUAGCCUACAGCCUGGAAUAGGAUUAUUGCCUUUUAUUCAAGCCUCCUAAACAGCGUCACUCUGUUAGUAAACCAUUUAAAGUCAUGCUGGGACUUUGUAACCCAUCAAGUGGAUCUCACGAAGUGAUGUGAAGUAUAAUUAAGUGAUUGUGGCUCUUUUGGUAGGUUUGGGUCAGCACACAAAACAUUGGCACACCUUCCACAUCUGCAAUUCUUACACAGACAAAAAAGAACCACCUCUGACUAAAGCUGUAUUAUGGCAACCCAACAAAUCUAACAGCAUUCUCUGAAAUGAAAGCAAACUUCUCUUUAACUUAUUUUCACAUGUUUACAGGCAAACUGCUACGGCAAACAGCAUAUUUUCUAACACUAGCUUACAGAGCAUUAUUUUGCAGUCAUCUAGUUUAAAGUCAAAUCUUACUAAUGUGUAAAGUAAUUCCUGUUGUACAGAAGUUAACCUGUUGUUUAAAAUGAAUGGUUAAAAAAGGUGCAAAUGACAAAUACAUGUUGGUGUUUUUAUGGGUUUAUCUAGAAUAAAACGCAUUUGGAGGUUA